AUGACGACUUCGAAUAAACGCCCAAGUAGCGAGCCGCAAUGGCUCAAGACAUCCGUCGAUGUUCUCCAGGCGAUAAAGCUGGCUGCGUCCCAGACGGCUCCGAAACUCCUCAGUUCAUGGCUUUACGUGCCCGCGGGCAUCAUGGUCAUGCUGGCCGCUUGCUUCGGCGUCAGCGUCUUCUUUGACGCCGUCGGUGUCUCAUUCCCUGCCUCUGUGGCCUGUCUGAUUUUGCUCUUCUUCGGGCUCUUGCUGUCGGAGCUGGUAGUGGGAAACCACAAGACGAGAGCAAUCGUUGCCGUCGUUGACGUGCCAGCGCGAUGGUCUCUCCGUUGGAUCAACAUCUUCUUCACACCAUCAUUCAUCAUGUUACCCUUGAGUCCCUCAAUCGGCAUCGUCGAAGUCAUGAAGAUUAUCGCCGUCUUUAUCAUCGGCUUCAUCGUCAUGAUGGCCCUCGCCGCGUACCUCACCCGUGGCCUCCAACUCCUACUCGGCUCAUCCAAACGCGCAAUGACAGAACGCGCAGAAGAAAUGGGCAACGAGACCGACGAGAUUCCCUUCGCCGACACCCCUCCCCGAACCGACUCCGUCCCGGGCUCCCGCACCAUCUCCGCAGCCCCGUCCUCGCUCUCCCUCAAUACCCUCGCUCCGCCGCCGCCCUCUCAAAACGCCUCACACAACUUCCUCCCAUCAGCAACAUCAUCUCCCGCGAGAGUCACCGAAAUCAACGUCGAUAUCCCCUCCUCUCCGCCAACACCGCCUCUCCCAUCACAGGACCCCAUUCCUCUGCCACGGUCCCAGCUCUGGGCAGCCUGGAUCUGCGGUCACCUCAACUGGGUUCUCUACGCCUCCAUCUUUACCUUCGUCGGUAUCCCACUCUACUAUGCAACAGGCUACGCCAUGCCCCUUCACCUCAGCCUCAUCCUCCUCGUCUACUUCGCCGCCAUGUCCAUCCCCGCAAACUGGAGACAAUACCUCCACCCCGUUCUCGUCACCGCCCUCUUCUCCGUCCUCGGCAUCUGGGCUCUGGCUGCAAUUCGAGGCGCCGGCCUCUUUGAAACCCUCCGAUCAUUCCGCACAGGAGCGAAUUACACGUAUCUCUGGCUCCACGCCAAGAACUCGGAAGGUCGCCUACCCGGCGCCGGCGACAUCUUCAGCACCGUCCUCGACGCCAGUAUCGUUUCUCUUGCGCUGCCCAUGUAUCAGUAUCGCCGCGAGCUGAAGCAGAACUUUGUAGCAAUCGUGUUGCCCAAUAUCCUCAUGUCGAUCGGCUGCCUCUUCUCGUAUCCCAAGAUCUGUUUCGCUAUCGGCAUCAGCGCAGAGAGGUCUCUCGCAUUUGCGUCGCGGAGCCUGACGCUUGCGCUGGCUCUCCCUGCAACGGAGAACCUGGGUGGUGAUUUAAAUACCGUGGCUGCGGUAGCUAUCAUGAGCGGUAUUGUCGGUGUGCUAGUUGGCCAGCGGAUGUUGGCCUGGAUGAAGAUUCCAGAAGAUGACUACAUCACCCGCGGCGUCACACUCGGAGCCAACUCCUCAGCCAUUGCCACCGCCCUCCUCUUACGAACCGAUCCCCGCGCCGCAGCGCUGUCUAGCUUGUCAAUGAGCUUAUUCGGCACCAUUACCGUCCUGUUCACAUCCAUCCCGCCCAUCGCAAGCGUAAUUAAGUCGCUGGUAACCUGA